AUAAGCAGUAUCCUGGAAAUUGGUGGAUUGCCUUAUCGAUCUAAACGUGGAGGAAUGAUUGCUGCUGCUGUUGAUGAGGGCAUAAUUUCUGAUGCUCAAGAAGGCUUAAUUGAGCAGGCUGGCUUAACUUCUAAUGACAGAGGGGAAAGGGAAAUGCCAGUCAAUGUCCUAAGCAGGAAUAAGUCACUUGGCUCUGCUGGUGUUCAGAAUAUCAAAAUUGGAUCAGAUGAUUCUGUUCCUGAAGACGCUGCUAAGGAUAGGUUGAGAUCGUCCAGUUCUAAAGGACCAGAGAAUGUCUUGCUGAGGCGUCCACCUGUAUCACGAGCUGCAUCUUCUCAGGAAGCGCUGUCAGAGCUGAAUGUUGACUCAGUCAGAGGGAAAAGUGUUCCAAGUGCAGUAACUCCUGAUGGAGUGAGAAGGGAGGUGGGUGUUACAGCUGUAGGAAAUGUUGAAGCGGCUAGCAGAAGAGAUGUGCAGUUCCGAAGAACAUCAUCCUGUAAUGAUGCCGAUGUAUUGGAAACAUCAUUCAGUGAUAUGCUUAAAAGCAGCGCUAAGAAGCCAACACCUCAAGAAACGCAUGCUUCAGCAGCAGCAGCUUCAGAGGCGCUGGAUGGAGCUGGGGCUCGGAACAAAGAAGGGCAAGAAAGGCAGACAGAUUGA